CUUUGAUUCUCUUGCUUCAAGUGUCUCGUUCCCAACACUUUGGCUUACUGUUGCUGGUGCUGUCGCGCGCCGUCAAUUCACAAGGGCAGAGGAACCCGUGUCCAUCACUGCCAGAAUGGGCGCCGAUCUGAGCACGGCGGCCAACGCCGAAUCAUCUGACGAGUUUCUGAAGGCCGUCCUGGGUGCAGCGUACGAUCCCAACACCUCGCUCGGCCAAGAUUUCGACCCCAGCACUCUGUUACCUCCCCAACUCAAGAGCGCCACGACUGAGGACCUCAAGGAGCUACGCGACCUUGCAGCGCGCCACUCGCAAAAGCUGCGCGCCCAAAUCAAGGCCCACUCGGCCAACAACAAUGCUGGUUUUAUCGAGACCUUUACAUCCAUAAGGGAUGGCCUUGGCUCAGCUGCGACCGCCUCGCGGUCCGAUGCAAACCAGCAUCUGAACCGCUACUCCAACAUUGUCGCCUAUGAUGCAACGCGUGUUCUCGUUCCGAAAAACAAAGAGAACUUCAAUUGUGAUUAUGUCAACGCCAACUGGAUUCCCAGUGAGGGCCCUCGCAAAUACAUUGCGGCCCAAGGCCCCGUGCCAGCCAGUCUGGUGUCGUUCUGGCAAAUGGUUGUCGAGCACGAUGCCCGACUCAUCGUCAUGCUGACCAACGAGAUUGAGGGUGGCAAGCUCAAGUGUCAUCGCUACUGGCCUGAUGACAACAUGGCCAAGCCCGUCAAAAAAGUCAAGAUUGGUACUUACAUCGUUAGCUUUGAAGGGGAAGAAAGUUUUCCCACUUAUGUGCACCGCAAGUUCAAACUGUAUCUUGAGAGCGGCGAGGCGCGCGAUGUGUCGCAAAUGGCGUACACAGCCUG